AUGCUUCGACAUCUUGCCUGUCUCCUUGUUCUAAACAUAGCGGCGUCGCACGUUAAGGCAACCGGCCAGUCAUCCUGUGACGCAGGUUUUUACGGUGACGCAUGCCAAUACAGAUGUUCCGGAAACUGCGCAAAUAACGUGUCCUGUGAUGCUGUAACCGGAAACUGUCCCGAAGACUGUGUAGCGGGCUGGGAAGGAAAACUAUGCGACAAGGAAUGUGUUGAUGGGAAUUACGGUGUUAACUGUCGGAAAGACUGCAGCGGGAACUGUGCUAAUGGGGAACCUUGUGGCCGUGUCCAAGGUCAUUGUCGCAGCGGUUGUCUUGCGGGAUGGACGGGGGUUCGAUGCGACAUUGAGGUUAUAUUAACAACAGUACAGACCACCACAGAGUCCGCUGACGUCACACAGUAUACCUACAUCCUGUACGGCGUAAUAGUAGUGUCGUCAGCCGUAGUCAUCAGUGUCUGUAUAGCAGCUGUAUGUUGUCUUUUUCGAAAAACGAAGGCAGACAAGGCGCAAUCUUCCUCAAACGUUGAUGAAAACCCCAAAGAAAACAGCAACGUGUUCAACACAUAUAAUGAAACUUAUGAUUCAAUAUAUGACUUUCCGAUAUCUCAAAACAUGGAGAGACCCCCGUCAUAUCGUGAUCACUUUGAGCAUGAAUAUGGGAAAUUGCAGAGACCAGAGGAAUUGAACGACUACGUAGAAAUCAUCGAAUGAUCAUCAGAAAUAGAACGACUACGUAGAAAUCAUCGAAUGAUGUAGAAAUCAUCGAAUGCUCAUCAGAAAUAGAACAACUACGUAGAAAUCAUCGAAUGAUGUAGAAAUCAUCGAAUGAUCAUCAGAAAUGGAACGAAUAGGUACAAAUCAUCGGAUGAUCAUCAGAAAUCGAACGAAUAGGUACAAAUCAUCGAAUGCUCAUCAGAAAUAGAACAACUAUGUAGAAAUCAUCGAAUGCUCAUCAGAAAUAGAACAACUACGUAUAAAUCAUCGAAUGCUCAUCAGAAAUAGAACUACGUAGAAAUCAUCGAAUGCUCAUCAGGAACAAUGCCACGAAACCUGUGUGAGAUAAGAAAUGGAUCGGUAUCCAGCAUCACAAAACAUACGUAUGAUAUGUUGAAUAACUUGUGAUAAUAUGAAUGAAACCUGGUGGUGUUUUACAUGUAUGUAUAUCGUUUAUACGUUUUCAGCUUGUGCAGUGCAGAGAUACAAAACUAGUAUUACUGCAUGUUUUUGCUGUUGUUUUUAAAAUAGUACAACUGAGCGUGCGAGUCAGCCUUUUUUUCUGAUCAAAAUUUGUCAAUUAGAUAUCAUGUACUUUUCAAAUCAAACUGAACAUAAAACCCAUCGACUUGAAAGAGGGAGAUAUAAACUUGGUGGUACAGUGUAUGUCUUAAAUCAAUUACAGCGUUGUACAAUGCAGCUCCCUGUGAAAAGUGGGGUAUCCCAUGGGGCUACAGAUCCACCCCUUAUAAAUGGGAUGUUCCACGGGGGUACAUAUCCACCUCUUAUAAAUGGGAUGUUCUAGGGAGCUACAGAUCCACUCCUUAAAAUGGGAUGUUCCAGGGAGCUACAGAUCCACCAUUUAAAAUGGGAUGUUCCAGGGGGCUACGGAUCAACCCCAUUUAAAUGGAAUGUUCUACGGAACU